GUAGUUUCUUUAACAAGAACCGAUAAAAAAGGCCGAGAAGGAAAAGAGAAAUUGAUCAGCGAUAUUCAAGAUUGCGUUGAUAACUUUAGUUACUUGUACUUGUUCUCAGUCAAAGACAUGCGUAAUACGCAUUUGAAGCAGGUUCGUAGUGACUUUAAGGAUUCUCGCUUCUUUUAUGGCAAGAAUCGAGUUAUGGCCAAAGCUCUUGGCACAACACCCGAAACAGAGUAUAAAGAUGGAUUGUCUGGAAUAGCAAAGCAAUUAACAAAUGAAGUUGGCCUACUCUUUACAAACAAAGGCCCACAAGAAGUGGAAACAUACUUUAAUGAUUUUGUACAGCCGGAUUAUGCUCGAUCUGGUGCUGUUGCUUCACAGACAGUCACUUUACCUGACGGUCCCGUGAAACGUGGAGUUGACCCGAUGCCUCACAAUAUGGAACCUCUUAUUCGAUCACUUGGAAUGCCAACGGCCUUGAAAAAUGGUAUUGUAACAUUACUUGUGCCAUACACUAUUUGUAAUGAAGGGGACGUUCUGACUACCAACCAAGCACAUCUUUUAAAGCUAUUUUAUCAUCAGCUCGCUGAAUUUAAGGUUGAUAUCAUUAGUUAUUAUCAUCAAGGCCAGGUUUACCAGUUAUAG